AUGUUGCUAAUCCUCGCCUCUCUUCCCUCAGUUUUUGCGCUGUUCAGCCCUCAACUGGAAGAAGUGCCUAAAGCAUUUUGGCAGCUCUAUAAGCACUGCGAUCUACAGCGAUAUGUGCCGGAAACAGCCACCGGGGCAAAAAUUUGGUCUUUGGAGUUUGUUCGGAACAAUGAGACGGGCCUUUAUGCCGUUGAGUACGGUGUUGACUUCGAAAAUGGGAGUGUUGAGACCGUUUCGAAGUGAGUGGGGUUUGAAUUCCGGUUGUCCAAACAUAUUUUUGGACAUAGAUGUUGUAAACAUUGACAGUGAUGGUACUGGUCCUUUUGUAAAGUCGCUGGAGUCAUUUUUGCGACAUGCACUGUGCAGGAAAAGUCAGGGUGCGAGCGACAGCCCGAAAAAGCCUUUUGCACGGUGCAAAACGAUGAAAAUUGCACAGUGCAAACUGAACUUUUGUUUUCGCACUGGUUAGUCGCUGGAGCGAUUUCGGCGACAUGCACUGUGCGAAAACAAAAGUCCACUUUUCACCGUGCAAUUUUUGGCUUUUUGUACCGUGCAUUAUCAGUCUGUCGGAAAAAUAACGGCGGAUCGUCGCAGCAAAAUGUUUCGCCUCGCCGCUAUCGCGCACCAAAUCCCAAGUCGCGGCUUGUAGUCGCAAAGCGAUGAUGAGCGACUCCGAGGCGCGACGAUCCGCCGUUAUUUUCCCGACAGACCGAUAGACUUCUUUGGGUUGUCGCCCAUAAGGGAUUUUUAGGGAUUUUUUGCACAGUUCAUGUCGCGAAAAUCAUUGCAGCGACUUUACGAACGGACUACUAGCAUUUUCAUAAAGUUUGCAGACUUUUUUAUGGGCCGCACCUUGCGCAAAACACUUUUUUGCGGAGCGCGAAAAGAAAUUUCACAGUAUCAGUCUGUCGGGAAAAUAACGGCGGAUUGUCGCAGCAAAAUGUCUCGCCUCGCCGCUAUCGCGCACCAAAUCCCUAGCCGCGGCUUUCAGUCGCAAAUCGAUGAUGCGCGAUUCCAAGGCGCGACGAUCCGCCGUUAUUUUCCCCACAGACUGAUACAAAAUGUUUCGAAAAGUAUAGCGCAACAUGCACAGUGCGGUGCGAAAAAAUGCCGAAAAAAUCGACGCACUUUCUGGAACGACUAUAAGACAAAAAAAUCAGGGUCAAAUUCUAGCCCACCACUGAUUUUCAGACCUCUCUGUUUCAAUAAUUUUUCUAGGCAACAAUUGCCAAAGUCAUUUGAGGCACAAGGAAUCUGGAGCCAUGAUAUGCGCAAGGUUGGACUUAUUACUUUCAAAAAAGACGAGUAAGGAAAUAAAAGAGUUUUUUUUUAUUUUUUAUUUAUUUCCCAUUUCAGUAUGCACUUUGUCUGGAGCGAUGACCCAACUCGCACGAUCAAGCUGGACUCACUAAACUACGGCGAAUUGUAUGGAUUUGUGCGAAAAGACUUUGUCUACGCGGUGUUACAAGUUAGAGGACAACCCAAAUUUGUUCGUUGGAAGGCUGAUUUGAAUGGAAGCAUCGAGGUUCUCGGCGAAGCCGGAGAAAUCGCCGGAUUUUUACAAUUCAUUGAGCCGAAUGGACCGGUUUAUUAUUUGUCGGAGACAGAGUGCCUGGAAUUCGGGGAGUUGUUGACAAUGGUAAGCAGUUUUGCGAAAAAAAAAUUUAUUUUUUUUUUUGUCAAAUUUCACCCAAAAUUUCGAAUAUUUUUUUCAAAAAAAAUUUUUUUUAGAGGUUGGAAAAGAAUAGUUUCUCUCUCUGCGACACCGACGAAGGAAUGUUUAAUCCAAGCAAACUUGAUACAGUUUACAGUAUGGUAAGUCUUAUCAUCACUAAACUAGUGGGACGAAAACUUUUUUCUUCAGACGAUAUUCGCAUAUCUGACAAGGAACUGCUCAAAUCAAACCUAUAGCAACUACUGGAGCCAUGCUUAUGCAAAGAUUCAAUUCAUUUCGCGGCCUAUUGCAACUACGGUAAGUUUUUUUGAAAUUUGCACAGUGCGAAAAGGCGGUAUUUAAAAAACUUUUUUGCUGUGCGACAAAGGAGUUUUUUUGGCACAAGGAAAAGUUGUGAUUCAAAUUUUUGAUGACAUACAAUAAAUUUUAUUUUCAGACUGUCGCAACAGCAGCUGCCACCACUACCAUUCCAACGUCUUAA